AUGGGAACAUGGAGAUCUGAAUAUUCUGGUAAAAUUAGUUGGCCAUCUGUUCCAACAAUGGCUUUUGGUGAAGAGAUACAUCUUAAUGAAGCACCAACUGCUAAAUCUGGAAAAGUUCAAUUUUUAAAUUUUACUGCUAGAGCAUGGUCUCAUACAACAAAAGAUCAUUUUCAUGAUGAGUAUGGUUUUAUGACAGUAGAUAAAAAUGGAAAUGUCACAUUAAUGACAACAGGAAAUAAUGGAUUUACAACAUAUGAAACAGGAAAAUUGGAACCAAAUAAGUUAGUAUUAACAUUAAAAGACAUUGGACGUAUAUCAUUUGCUCGGGAUCUUCCUGUUGUUGAUUUAAGAAGAACAUUCAUUCGUCAUGAUGAAACAUAUCUUGAACAAAUUAUUGAGAUGAGAACAGCAACACAUCCAAGAACAGGAUUAUUAGGACAUACGAGAGUAAUUUAUACUAGACCAAUUGUCAAAAAAUCUGGUUAA